AACAAGGGAAGCAGAGAAAGCAGAGGAAACAAGGGAAGCAGAGGAAACAAGGGAAGCAGAGGAAGCAGAGGAAACAAGGGAAGCAGAGGAAGCAGAGGAAAC